ACUGCUGUGAAACACCAACGAAGAAGAAAGGCAGCGAUAAACAUGGCGGCUUCCACGGAAGAAAAUGGGAAGGCUGUUUGUAAUUCGGACGUGGAUCACUUACUGCACCCUGAGCUACUGUCUCUAGACUUCAUGCGGCUAAUAUUAAGUGAGAAAAAUGUGUGUACCAGAGACUGUGGCAGUAGAGACCUGCUCACAGAGCUGUACCUCCGGCAUGUCAUCCCUCUGCCGCAGAGGACUUUACCAAACAACCGCUGGGGACGGAGGAUGGAGAAGAGCCGAGACAGGAGACAGACGGCGGCUGGUUGCAGCUCCAGUAAUGACCAGAACAGGAAAAGGCCUCUGAUCGUCUUUGAUGGGAGUUCCUCUCGGUCUGGGCCACUGAAAGUGAAGAAACCAGAGGGAACCACUGCGUCAACAGGAAUCACAGACAGGUUAAAACCCCCGCCAGCUGCAAAUCUGUCCAACCCCAUCCGCAAGCUGUCAGGCAACACAUCUUCCUCAGCGUCAUCCGCUCAUCGCAGCACUGACGCAGCAAACCUCAAACGGGAAGCAAACUCCUCGAAUGCGCUGGAGUCUCCAGAAGUGAAGAAAAAGAUCCAGCAUGUGACAUGGCCCUGACCUCUGACCCCCGUUGAUGCGGCCCUGACAGGAGCUCAGGCUGUGGUGGACAGAUCACUCCCCUCCCUGACUCCGACCUCUCGGCGCCCCCUUCCUUGGCUGUCCCUUAUAGCUGUGUCUCAAAGCGUCUCGCCGCUCUCGUUGAGUUUAAAGGGAUGACACGACGGCGUGAUGCUGAGGCAGCUUUCGAAGUCGUGAGCUUCCUCGUUGCUUUCCACAACCUCAAGUGCCCUUACCAUCAACGAUCAUCAUCAACGCACAUCAGAUCCCACACAUCGAAAUGUCUGUUUUUGUGUAUGGAUUUAGGUGAACGGGCUUCAGGUACUGGAUGACUUGGUGAGUUUCUUGACUUGUGAGACGGUUCUUAUCCAGUGAUGUGAAAGAAAACAAACCGCAAAUUAAACUGUAACUUUUUCGAUUUUGUUCGCUGAACCUUUUGAAGUCAAAGUAGGCGUCCUUUGAUAAUUAAUAUUCAUCAGUUUUGUUAUCCAUUACACUGAGAUCUGUUUUUUUUUUCAGUGCUGUUUCACAAAAUUGUUCAGGGUUUUUAAAUACACGUGUGAUGUAAUAUUGUACAUACCUUACAUACACUGAUCAGGCAUAACAUUAUGACUUUUCCCUUAAUCAUUAUUAUUAUUAUUGAAAUGAGGACAAAGAACAAAGGAUGCUGUCUUUUUAACGUAUAUUUAUUGCAGUGGAUAAAGUGACUUUGAGGUUAUUGAUGUAAACAGACUUCACAAAUGCACAGGAGCAAGCAUUUUGAAAUGAUAUGUUUUUGUUUUUUUUUUAAAAUAAAUCCAUAAUAUAAGGAA